CUUCACCGAGAUAAUUGAGACAUCUGCAAAAGUUGAAGAAGUCUAGCUCGGGCCUGAGCCGCGCACUUUUGCAGCGGCAGGGGCUGCGAGAAGGGUUCGUACCGGUGGAAAGCGCUCUCCGCACCCGUGUCCACGGCGCUGUGUCUUGGGAUCGACUCCGAGAGGACAAUCAAAAGAGGAUGGGCAGUUUUCACCUCCCCACAGUGCUGUGCGCGGUCGCGCUGCUGAUCAUAGAAACAAACGGACAAGGAUGUAACCCGGGAACACAUCUCUACAACGGCCGCUGCUACUGGUUCUCGCCCUACGUGCUGAACUACGACAACGCCAGAGCCACGUGUGAAUCUUCGGGCAGCAAACUCGCGGUCAUCCAAGACUCCGGGACCAACACCUGGAUUCAGAACCGUCUCAUGACCCAAGAAGCACCGAGCCAUUGGAUCGGACUUGACGACCUGGCGACAGAGAGCACCUUUGUGUGGGCGGACAGUACGCAGCUGACUGCCGGCAGCCCCAGCGCCUGGAACGCGGUGUCCGGGAACACGGCCUACAGGGACUGCGUCAUGCUGGACGACAGUAACCAGUACCGGUGGGUCGCCACGGACUGCUCCAGGCAGUGGCGACGGUUCAUCUGCCAAUCCGACCUGCCCACAAGUUUUGAGUACCGGAAGCUGGAGGUGAAGUUGACGGAGAUGAAGAAGGCGAUGCCGAGAAGUUUCAAGGAGCUGGGACUGGACGAACUGCAAAGAGACCUGUCGGAGCUGCAGGCCGUGGAUCUCACCACCCCACCGGACGGGCCGGGGAAGCUCGGCGGGGGAUGGGAGGUGUCCGCCCCACAGACCGUGCUGGCGUACGACGCCGGGGAUUGCGAGCUCACCUUCGCCUUCUCCGAUCCCGAGAUCAAUGAUCUAGGCUCCGGGAACGCCGCCACGUCGCUGGGUAGCGUGAAGGAGAAAGUGGAGAGGCUUGGCGAGGCAGUUCCCGCCACGGCCGAGGAAGCCCUGCCUAACGUCAGGGAACACCUGGCCGACCUGAUCGACAACACCGACUGGGAUACCGUGCAAGACGCUCUCCCGGACUCACCAGCUCCAGAUCCCAACAUCACCGCUCCAGUACAAGACGUGAACGGUCGCGUGGAGGUCCUCCAGCAGAGCAUCGACGCUGACCGGGUCGUGGAGCGCGCGCGGCGGGCAGCCAAGGCCACUACCGCCGUGUCGCUGAACCAGUACUGGUCCUGGGUGUACCUGCCCUGGGGCUGGUGGUGGUGGAACCCCCACGUCAUCAUCAUCAUACACUGCUGCCCGCUCAGGAUCUACAUCAUCAUCCGCUGGCCGUGGAAGUGGUGGCCGUGGUACCACAACUGUAACUACGGAUGGACCCGCUGGUACGACCGCGACAACCCGGGCGGAACAGGCGACUGGGAGACGCUGACCAACCUCCGUCAAGAAAACCCGGGAGAGAUCUGCGACAACCCGUCAGGGAUCGAGGCUCGGGUGGUGGGGACGGGCCUUCCCGCGGCACAAACCGGAGACACCUUCCUCUUUUUUAACGUCUUUUCAGGGUUCGCCUGUACCCCCACGACCUGCGAAGACUACGAGGUGCGCUUCUGGUGCCCACAGCGCAGUUUCCACAUCCCCUGCGACUGCCCCGGCUGGACCGACUGGUUCGACGUCGACAACCCCGGCGGUAGUGGGGAUUGGGAGUACCUCUCUAGCGUCAACGCGCUCAACCCCGGGGAGGCCUGCGCCAAGGCUUCCGGCAUCCAGGUCAAGACCAUCACCGGCAACGUACCCGCGGGGCUGACCGGCGAGAAGUUCUGGCGCUUCGGACCCGCUCCGGGAUUCGUCUGCCGCAAGAAUCCGCCGGGUCUGGAAAACACCCCUGCACCCUACACCUGCCGCGACUACGAAGUGCGCUUUAAGUGCCCCUGA